CGCAGCCCCGGGGCUCCGCACGCACCUGCCGGCCCGCCCCUGCCGCGCCGCGGGGCCGGGACACGCACCUGCCGCGCCGCGGGCCUCCCGCACCUGCGCCCGUCCCCCGGGCGGGGCGGCCGUUUCUGGGCUGGCAGGGCAUGGCGGUCCGCUGAGAUGAAAGUGACCGUGUGCUUCGGGAGGACGGGCAUCGUGGUGCCCUGCAAGGAUGGGCAGCUCCGCGUGCGGGACCUGACCCAGCAGGCCCUGCAGCGCUACCGCAAGGCCCAGGAGAAGGAUCCAACUUCCUGGGUGAAUAUUCACCACCUGGAGUAUACAGAUGGAGGAAUCCUGGACCCAGAUGAUGUGCUGGCAGAUGUUGUGGAAGACAAAGAUAAGCUGAUUGCUGUUUAUGAUGAGCAAGAAACUCACCGUAAGACUGAUGGCACCAAUGGCAAUUUGACAGACAGAAACAGCCCAGACUCUUUUGAAACAGAGGUAGCAGCUCAGCUGGCUGCCUUUCAGCCAAUUGGUGGGGAGAUUGAAGUGACUCCUUCUGCCCUUAAACUUGGCACACCACUUCUAGUACGAAGGAGCAGUGAUCCAGCUAUGGGCCCACCUGCUGACUUCCAUCUAAGUGCUUCUCAUCCCAGUGACUACAGUCUCAAGCAUGUUGUGGCAGGUGCAUCCCAGGUAUCCUUUCAGGGUGGGGAGAUGAACCUCACUGGACCCACAGAACUGUUGUUGGCUCAGAAGGCCCAACUCCCUGUAAGUGAAAUGACAAAAACAGUGGAGAUUUCUGGGGAAGGUGGACCACUGGGAAUACACGUAGUGCCCUUUUUUUCAUCUUUGAGUGGGAGGAUGCUGGGACUUUUCAUCCGUGGUAUUGAAGAAAACAGCAGAUCUAGACGUGAUGGGCUUUUCCAUGAAAAUGAAUGCAUUGUGAAGAUUAACCAUGUAGACCUUACAGAUAAAACCUUUGCACAGGCUCAAGAAAUCUUCCGUCAGGCAAUGAAAUUUCCAAGUGUCAUGUUGGAAGUCCUUCCUCCGUAUAAUCGAGAACAAUAUGAGAAGUCUGCUAUUGCUCCCCUUUGUUUUCUGGAUAAUGAAGAAGUAGUUCCAAAAACUAAGAUUCCACCUCCUGUUCAUCCAAAACCUGCUCUGAAAAUGAUUAAUCUUUCUGAAGCGAGCAGCUCAGAGGCAGGUGUACAGGCAGCACAACAAGCAAAGAGCCCCAACCUCCCACGCCUGGGUAGAAAGUUGUCUUCUCCCUCCCUGUCUCCCCUUAUGGGCUUUGGCAAUAAAAAAAAUGCAAAGAAAAUAAAGAUUGACCUGAAAAAAGGUCUAGAAGGACUUGGUUUCACUGUGGUUACCAGAGACUCUUCGCUUCAUGGUCCUGGUCCCAUUUUUGUGAAGAACAUCUUGCCAAAAGGUGCAGCAGUAAAAGAUGGUCGUUUGCAGUCAGGAGACAGAAUCCUGGAGGUGAAUGGACGGGACAUCACUGGCAGGACCCAGGAAGAGCUCGUAGCUAUGCUGAGGAGCACAAAGCAAGGGCAAACUGUCUGUCUGAUUGUGGCUCGUCAGGAGGAGGCCUUUCUACCUCGAGAGCUGAAGGGAGAGCCAAACUGCAGUGUUCUUUCUCCAGAGACCACAGAGCAGCUGACCUUUGAGAUUCCUCUGAAUGACUCUGGCUCUGCUGGACUUGGUGUGAGCUUAAAAGGCAACAAAUCUCGGGACACUGGAGCUGAUCUUGGGAUUUUCAUCAAAUCUGUUAUUCAUGGAGGUGCUGCUUUUAAGGAUGGUCGUUUGCGAGUGAAUGAUCAGCUUGUUGCAGUAAAUGGGGAGUCACUUCUGGGCAAGUCAAAUCACGAGGCUAUGGAAACACUGAGGCGCUCCAUGUCCAUGGAGGGGAACAUUCGUGGGAGGAUCCAGCUGGUAGUUCUCCGGAGACUGGAAGUGCUGACAGAGGAACGCUCAGACCAGGGAAUCUUUCAAAAAUCAGCCUUUGAUGGGAGCCAUAGCUUGGCAGCUGCUUCCCGACGCAAUGACGCUGUUCUUCAGCAAUUCGUAACAUGCAGUCCUCAGGAAAGAGCAAAAGAAUUGCCAGUGUCUGAUCAUGGCAGUGGUGAAAAUGAAACCCCUCCACCUCUCCCACCACAUCCCAGUGAGGAUCUGCUGAAUGAGGAUUAUAAUCAUAGCCCUAUCAUAAAUUCAUCCGUGUAUUUAACAGAUCAGCACAUCAACUUCAGAUCUUUGACACCAGCCAAGCAGUCUGAAUCAAUUAAUCUGAAAGCCUCAAAAAGCAUGGAUCUGGUGGCAGAUGAAAGCAAAGUUGGUUUGUUGGCUGGAUACAGAUCAGACUCUUGUGGUAAAGAUUUUGGUCCUACUCUGGGAUUGAAGAAGUCCAGUUCUCUUGAGAGUCUUCAGACUGCUGUGGCUGAAGUUAGGAAGAAUGAACUCCCCUUUCACAGACCCAGGCCUCAUGUGGUCCGUGGUCGGGGGUGUAAUGAGAGUUUCCGAGCUGCCAUUGACAAAUCUUACGAUGGACCUGAAGAUGGAGAAGAGGAUGGCUUCUCUGAUAAGAGCUCUCACUCUGGUCAAGAAACUCAGAACAUGGAAUCUGCCCUUUCAGGGAACCCUAAAAUAGAAGAUGCAGAAACCAAUGCAAAAAAAGACAAAAAAAAUAGAGAGAAAGAGAAGAAGAAGGAAAAGGGCAAAUCUAAAGUAAAAGAGAAGAAAAGGAAGGAAGAAAAUGAAGAUCCAGAAAAGAAAAAGAAGAAAGGCUUUGGUGUCAUGUUGAGAUUUGGAAAGAAAAAAGAAGAUAAAAAUGGGAAAACAGAUCACAGAGGGAAUCCAAAGCAAGGCAUACUUAAAGAGGAGGAGCUGGAGAAAAUGAAAGAUGAACGUGAGAGGAUUGGUGCCAAACAUCAGGAGUUAAGGCAAAAACAACUGAGAGGCCUGAGUGAUUAUUCUACUGGUCCUGGAGGACCUGACAUUGAUGAUGAUGAGGUGGAUCCAAAUUAUGCCAGAGUAAACCAUUUCCGAGAGGCUUAUCCAGCAGCAAGCAUCUACAGGCCAUCAUCGCCAGCAGUAGCAGAAACUUUUAUAUAUCCACGUGAUUCCCCUUCAGGACCAAUGGAGAGGGAGCACUUGGAAGGCCUGUAUGCAAAAGUAAACAAGCAGCACUACCAACAGACUCCUGGUGACAGCAGCUGCGCAGGUGCUGGGAAUGCUGAUCGUAUCCAGAAGUUAAGGAAGGAAUACCAUCAGGCCAGGCGGGAAGGCCUGCCUUUCUAUGAGGAUGACGAAGGAAGAACACAACCAUCUGAUUACGACCAGCAUUGGGUGCCUGGAAAAGGUCCAGAUGGGAGCUCCUACAAUCUCCAUUUCGAGGUGAUGGAAAGGCAGUAUGCAUCCUUACCCAGGCGUGGACCUGCAGAGCCACUGGAAUAUUUAACAGGGCCACGAGUAAUAUACAAAGAGAGAGAUCUUCCCUACUACCAAGGAGGACAGCCAGCUGUCCACCCAUCUAAGGGGAACUACAUCCGUGUGCCAGACACAAGAGUGGCAGAACUGAGGUACCCCCAGUACUACCCAGCCCAGCAUAAAGGACCCCUCCGACAGGAUGUGCCACCUUCUCCUCCUCUGUCCCACCGAGCACCAGCUUAUAAUGAAAUUGUCCGACACCGUGGGACCAGUCCAGACCAGUACCAGUACAGGCAACAGGAUCCCAGGCAGAAGAACCCAAUGACUGCAGCUGUAUAGCCACACAUUGGACUUGCCAGCACAGCCCGGGAGGAAUCCUGUCAGACAUGAUCCUUGUAGAGUUGUUCCCAAGCGUAGCUGCCUGUAAGAAUGGCACAUGAGACCUGGAGUCAUUCUUACUGAGCUGGGCUCAGUGUAGGUGCUUUCUAACAGGCAAACAAAAGCCACGUGAGGUAUGAUGUGUUUUGAGUCCGUGAGGUACCAGACAGUUGAGUAUUUUUUAAUUCCUUUUAAAAAUAGAAAGUGGCUGCUGGAAAUGAAGCGCAAAUGAAUACACCUCAGGGCUAUUUACCGAAUCCAGUUACACCUGUACAGUAUGUAACUGUCUGCAUUAGGGCAGCAGUGUCACCAGAGUUUACUUCAGAGUGCUGUUGUAGAGCCUUUCAGUGAGAGCACAGCAUGAAGCACGAACUUUGUGCAGAAUGGGGAAUCCUGUAUAAUCCAGUGUGUGAUCGUGAGUCAACAAGGGACUGCCACAGAGGUAGUGGCCACAUUCUGGGCAUGUUCAGACCUGCGACUCUGCUUUAAGGUUGCUGCAGUUCCAGAUUUGUAUUCUGGCCUCUGUCUUCCUUUUUCGUUUUGGUGGUAGCAGCAUUUAUCUCGUAGUCUUCAUUUUUUGCAGUUUGUGUAGAAAGAUUCUCCUCUGAUUGCACCAGCUGCAUUUGAAGUAAGGCAAAUAUGUAUCUGCCAUGCUUGGGCAGGCUCACAGAGAAGGCAGCCAGCAACCUGAGAAGUGUGUGUCUGCAGAUGUGCCUGUGCGCACUUGUGAUUGUUUCAUAGUUAUACAGUGUGCACUGUUUAAUGUAAACCUGGAGACCGGAGCCUCAGCUGCUGUCAGUAAGUGUCGCUCUUGGGGUUUCAGUGGAGCUGGCCUAUGAGAAGUGGCAGACGAGGUGAGCAUGGGCAUGGACUCCAUAACUCAUGUUGUUACUAUAUCAGGUGCAGCCUUGGCUCUGGCAGGGCAGCCCCUUUCUGGCCACUCCGGCCGGAGUUCAGCAAAGUGCCUGCCAGCAGCAUGUCCUGCCUUUGCCAGCCGCCCCACUGGAGCGGGGCCCACCCUCAGCCCCUGAGUGCAGCUCAGCCUCGGGCAGCACCAGGCCUGUGCCAAGUGCCAAACUACCAGAGUUCCUACAGCCAGGGGCCACCAGGCCAGUGAGCAGAAGAGAUUUUCGAUUUUCGCAGCAAAGGGUGAGAGAAAAGACAAGGAAAGCAACAGGGCUUCAAGAUCCUGAGGCCCAGGACGAAGAGGAGAGAAAUGCUGUUUGUAGUGAGUUAUUUGCAUCAGUGCAUAUAUAGGAAGAGAGAAGGUGUGAGUGAGGAGAGGGGGCCAGCAGUGCAGCAGAGCUGUGUGGGGGCAGCACAGAGGGGUAGGUGCUGGCUCUUUGCUCAGCACAGCCUGUUUGCUCUGCAGCCAGCCAGCCUGGGAGGUCAGAAAUGCAUGUCCUCAGCCACAGGGACCUGUGCUACCCAGUUAGACAGGGCUGUGGGCGCUCAGAGAUUUGUCUCAAGGAUUUUGUCACAGGGAAACCAUACAGUCCUGCCACCUAGAAAUAUAUUUUGGGAAGUUUCCAAGUAUCCUUAAUUCCUUGACUUCUGCCUUUUGGGAAUGUUUUAACCAUUUGGGAUCCUCUCCUCAUCAGGGAGAGACUGUGACCUGACCAAGGAUUAUGUGUCUUAAUUGUCUUUUUGAUACCUUUGGUAUGCAACAGAUGAAAUCACAUAGGUCACUUCCCAAGUAUAAAAUAUCACCAGGAAGAUUUUUCCUGUUAAGAGUGAGUAACUUUACUAGACAUUCCUGGGGAAAGGGCUUGUUAGAGUAAGAGGUCUAAGGCACAGAACAGGGUGGGUCUGUGUACUGCUGUUUUCCAGGGGCCACUGGUCCUGAUAACAAACAGCAUUUAAUCCCAGCCGCUGUUUCCUCUGUGCUGCUGAUGCUGCUGAGAGACUGGCAUAACCCUGAGGCACUUGCAGUUGCCCGGCUGGCCGGCAGGCUCUAGCAUUUGCAUUCACACCAAUCUCUACCCACCAGCCAGGCUGGGAAGGAGGGGAGAGGAGACAGCUUUGGCAUGGUGGGGGAACUUCUCCAUGACUGAGAUACGGAGCUGGGCUCCCUGGGGCAGGGGCAGGAGCAGCUCUAAAUCCAGUCAAGAGGAAGCAUUGGUGGGAGGGAGAGAGGGAGAAGAAUGCAACCAAUUAUAAAGCAAGUGUGUUUGGUUCUUGUUCCAUUUCUUUCUGCCCUCUUCCCUAGUAAUGUAGGAGGAAAAACCUCUGGAGGGAGGGCUGGAUGUAAAGCUGGAUGUCUCUCAGUACACUCCAUAAAUAAGGCACAUUCCCCAAGGAAACUCUGCCUGUCAUGUACGUGCUGUACGCAGCCUUGUACUUCUCUCAAAGAGUUUUAGAUGUAGGAUACUCAGCCAGGACUUGGCAGCCGCAGGAUAGCCACUGGAGUUAUGAAGGCCCGCUGAAAGUGAAGCAAAAACAAAUUAAAAUACUUUCCUUUCCCUCCUUGAAAUAUAACCCCUGAUACAUUUGAUCCAGCUGUAAAGAACCUAAUAUGUUUGUGACAGUGGCUUUAUCAAGCCAGGCCACAAUUAAGAACAGCUCUGAAUAUAAACUACUGCCUUUAUAAUUCACUCUCAACUAACCCUUCAAAUGGCAUCACAGCACAGCGAACAGAACUUAUUUACAGGAUUUCAAGAGCCAGGGCCAAAUAAAUUCUGGAUGGAAACAGCUCCUGAGUUAUUUAUAGCCUUUGCAGAACCUGUGCAAUUGUCUCUCUGUGACCUGAAUCUCUUCUGAACAGCUCCCCUUGACUGCAUUGGCUUCACUCUGUUGAGGCAGACAGAUCAAAUAAACACCUUCUGAGCUGUUAAUCUUACCCAACAGGUUAUGAAAUGAUGCUUCUGCUCUUAGAUCAGUACCAAAAAAAAAAAGAAGUAUAAUGUAUGGAUGCAUCCUACAGGUGAGGAGCUGAGGAAGAACAGCCUGACCUAGUUGGGGGAACAAGGCCAAAAAGUAUUGCAGAACAUCUUAUCAAUCUCUGGUGCCGUUGUUCUGAGAGAAAAUUGCCAUUUGCUGGUGUAGUAUCUGGUAGCGGUACAGUAUUUUCAAAAUUAUAAUAUGUAACUACAGUAUAUAUAGUCAGCUUCUCUGCAGUGUAAAAUGUAUGAUUUUAGCACCAUAUUGUGGAAAAAUAUGUACCGUGCAGAAUUCACGAGGUGCUACAACUGACGGUUGAAAAUACACACUUGCAAAAUCCAAAAGAGCCGUUAAGUAACAAGUUGUUCUUUUCCCCAUAUGUCCAUAUGUUUGGGAAAAUCAUGAGUCUGAAAUGCUCUUGACACGUAAUUGCCUUGCACUCCCUCAUCCAAAAUGUGCCAGUCCAGCAGUAAAGUUACUGCCAUAGCGGGUGUGAAGGGAGAGUUUGGGUUUGCCACAGGAGCAGCGUGCUGUCAGUGUGUGUGUGAACAGGAGUCAAGACAAGGGGGAGAGAGGCCCGCUCCUGCACAAAGCUGGAAGCUUUGAUUUCCUGAGCUGGUGGCGUGCAGCCUGUAUUUCUGGCCCUGGCGUGGAGCCAGCUGGGCCCAGCAGUUGAAAGAUUAAGAGAUAGAAAAAGAACCUGUGGAUUUUCUGAGUGACCACCCACUAGUGAGCCAUGAUCUUGGCCUGCAAACAGACAGUACCACUGUGAUAAAUUAUGAUGCAGAAGUCUCUAGGCACCCCUUGAAUGCAUACAGUGAAGAAAAAAAAAAAAAAAGGGGAUAGUAAGCAUUUUUUUUAAAAAAGGCUCCUGCCUUGAAAAAGUGCAUGCAACCCUGAAUUCCAUUUCACUCCAGCUUCCUGAUCUAGAAAUAGCAUCACAUGUUGCCUAAUUUUUUUA